UGGCCCGCAGUAGCUUUAGCGCCUCCUUGCUCUUCCUUGCCUGCUCGGCAGCCGCGCACAGUCUAAGCGGACGAGGGUGUAAGGAAGAGAAGUUCGCGGGAACAUGGCUCGUACCAAGCAAACUGCCCGUAAAUCCACCGGUGGGAAGGCGCCCCGGAAGCAACUCGCAACAAAAGCCGCUCGCAAGAGUUCGCCCUCUACUGGUGGGGUCAAGAAACCUCAUCGCUACAGGCCAGGUACUGUGGCUCUUCGUGAAAUCAGGCGUUAUCAGAAGUCGACUGAACUUCUGAUCCGCAAACUUCCUUUCCAGCGCCUGGUGCGUGAAAUUGCUCAGGACUUCAAAACAGAUCUGCGUUUCCAGAGCGCAGCUAUUGGUGCUUUGCAGGAGGCAAGUGAGGCCUACCUGGUUGGCCUGUUUGAAGACACCAAUCUGUGUGCUAUCCACGCCAAACGUGUCACAAUCAUGCCAAAAGAUAUCCAGCUAGCACGCCGCAUACGUGGAGAGCGUGCUUAAACUCUACUAAGAUGGAUUUGCCAUUCUCAAAACAAAUAAAAUCUCUUCUUCCUGUUA